AAAGUUACAUCCAUUACUCCAUUUAUUACGAAUAAUUUCAACAGGUAUAAUAUAUACAUAAUGAUAUUGAUUCUAUUCUACGCAUCGCUGAUUGGCGGUGAUUGCACAGGUAUCUAAAAAUAGCCAUGAAUUUCACCAGGCUGCGCAAUAUACGGUCAAUGGGCUUCUUUUUUUUUUUUAAAUGUAAACACAACGUGGUUGAGACGUAUAACUCCACGUGUUUUUCGACACAUCAGAAAAGGUCGAUUCUUUGCUUCAGAAAUGCUCGAGAGACAAAAUUCUACUGAAUGCAGAAUGGUCGCAGAAGAUUACACAAGAAUGGAAACGUCUGUACGUCCGACUGUCAGCAGUUCUGGGGACAUCCUGGCUAACUUUGCGACGCCGAGUAUGACAGAGUUCACCCCAGACAAACACGUGGUAGCUGCUACCCUAGCGGCUCUAGAAGAACACGGAAGUCUAACUCCACUAAUAAAAGAUGAACUGAAGACAAAAAUACAAACACGAAGGUGCUUGGAGGGACAGGAGGAGCUUAAAAUCGAAUUCAAUAAACCUAAACCAAAAACGUUGACGGGCGAAGAGGCUAGACGAGCUUUGUCGAGACGUGAACAGAAUCGAAAAGCGGCUCAGCGGUUCCGGUCGAGACAGAAAGAGACAGCACAUCGUCUGCUAAAGAAAACUGAACGACUUGAGUCGAAAAACACCACGCUCCGUACCUGUCUAGCUGACCUGAAGAAGGAGAUGGCGGAACUGGAAGCCCUGUGGCUGAAUCACCUUCUGGUGUAUCAUAGUCAGCAGACGACAGACGGGUGAUGACGUCACGCGUGGUGUUCAUGCUGAUGUUGACACUAUUUACAACAUCAACCAGAAAAACAACAAAAAGUGAGAGAAAAAAAAUGAUCACCAAAAAGUCAUUUACAAAGCCUCAACAAAUCAUAGAUAUUGCUAUGUGCAGACUGAUGUUUAUUCAUGCGAUAUAGAUGGUUACACCUUCCACAUGAAUAUUCACAGAGCUGUGUGAAGUGAAUAGCAUAUACUAGUAGGUCGAUGAAUACGGAGGACGGACGACAGAAUAGGCAGGAUGUCGAUCUUGUGGAUUAAUCUGGGACGUGACAUCAUUCAUGGAUUAAUCACAUUUUGGUUUUGGUGUUAUAGCACAAUAUUACAUCUAUGUUAUAGCAUAAUAUUACACCUAUGAACAUGUACAUUGUAUAUUCAUGUAUACUACAUUAGUAGGUCUAUAAACAUGUGCAUUGUAUAUUCACGUAUACUACACUAAUAGAUCUAUGAAGAUGUGCAUUGCAUAUUCACGUAUACUACACUAAAAGAUCUAUGAACAUGUGCAUUGUAUAUUCACGUAUAUUACACUAAUAGAUCUAUGAAUAUGUACAUUGUAUAUUCACGUAUACUACACUAAUAGAUCUAUGAACAUGUACAUUGUAUAUUCACGUAUACUACACUAAUAGAUCUAUGAACAUGCACAUUGUGUAUUCAUAUAUACUACACUAGUAGGCCUAUGAAUAUGUGCAUUGUAUAUUCAGAGCACUGUGUACUCAAGCUCAUCAUCGUUGGUGAAUGAAACAUGUAACUAGAACAUUAACAAUUGUGGUUAUAGCUUCAGUGUUGUCACCAAUAAAA